AUGUCCUUCCACGUCCUCGCCGCCGCGAUCGACAUCAAGCGCGCGAUCGCGGCGGAGCUCCCGAUCCCGAUCGAGACGAUGGCGCUCAAGGCGGCGGGCGCGGUCGAGGGCGCGGGCGCGGUCGAGGGGGAGGGGGAGGACGCGGCGGCGGCGGCGGCGGCGGCGGCGACGAUGCGCGACGCGACGACGCUGUUCGACGUCGGCGUCCGACCGGGCGACGAAGCGGAGCUCGAGCUCGUCGUGGAGUACGCGAAACCGUCCGAGGAGGAGGCGGAGGCGGUCGACGUCGAUCCGAACGCGCCGAAAGUGUUGCCCGAGCGCAUCGACGUCGUCGUCGCGCCGAAGGAGCGCGGCGGACAACCGAGGGUGGUCUCGGUGGUGAUCGACGCGUCGAAUUGCGAAAAGCCGCGGUAUAAGGGCGGGUACCGGCACAAGCACACGGGGACGAGAUACCACCACGCGGAGAUUCAGACGAUGCGUAAACCGAGGGAGUGGCCGAAGGACGCGAAGUUCACGCGCGACACGCAGACGACGGAGGCGCGGACGCGGACGAUCAUGACGAAAAAGGAAGCCGCGACGCAGAUGAAGAGGAAAGAUUUACUCAUCAACGAGAACCGCGACGCGUUCGUCUCCGCGGGUCGGUACGUCGACAGCGACGAGUGGCACGCGAUCCGCGUCGCGGCGACGACGGUGCUGCAGAGGUACGCGCGCGGGUGGUUCGCGAGGAAACUGAGGGACGUGAAGCGCGUCGAGAGGGACGAGAGAGCGAGGGCGAGGGCGAAGGCGGCGACGGAGAAGCUCGACGCGGAGGAACGUCGGCGGAGGAAAGAGAUCGAGCGCCGGAUGCGCCCGCGGACGCACGAGGACUUCGACAUCUUGCGCCACGAGCUCGAGAAGUGGCGGAAAUCCGAGCACGCGAAGAUCGAGUCCGACGCCUCCGCGGACGACGCCGCGAAGGCGAGGAACAAACAGCUGCUGCUGCGUCGGGAGACGAAACUCCUCGCGACGAUCGAUCGGUUAAAAGUCACAGCCGCCGCGGAGAACAAAGACGCGCGCGUCGCGCGCGCGCUGGACGACAUGUCCACCGCGAAGCGCUGGGAGUGCGACGACGGCAGCGUCGUGGAGGUGCACACCCCGUUCACGACGCGCGCGAAGGAGCUUCAACAGCUGUACAACGGCGUGCGGUUGCCGUUGGUGACGGCGGAUGAGCGACUCGACGUGCUGCUCCACGUCAAGUGGACGGUGAAAGAGUUCGACUGCAACCUGACGCGGGAGAUCGUCGAGUUGAUCGAUCGCGAGGCGGAUUUGAUCGAUCGAGGGCGGGACGUCAAGACGAUGGGCGGGCUGCGGCGGCGGCUGUCGAACUUGUUUCUUCAGUUCAUCGAGACACCGGAGUUUAACCCGGAGGCGGCGAGGUACAGCGUCGCGGCGGCGGCGGCGGCGUUGCAGGAGCAGGAGAAGGAACUCGCGCGCUCGAAACGCACCGCGCGCGUGCGUUAG